GAGUCUUCGGUAUCGGUAUCAGUAGUUGAUAGAAAGUCGCUGACGUCGGUUGUUGUGCGCCUCACUUGCUUCGCCGAAUAAGCUAUCCGUCCGCGAGAAAUACGAAGUUUCUUAAAGUUCCGCGCGAAAGAAUCGGCUACGAACUGUCGUAGCAUAUUAACGGAUCAUGUGCGUCAUGUUACCAAUGUUGCAGGAAAAUUCUUUGUUCCCGUUUAAUCCCAGUUUGGACGAAGAAAUAAAGCGGCUAUUCGACAUCGCCGUAAGCAAAAGGCCACAGCCAAAUGUUGAAGAAGUGAUGGAAGAAUUUCGACACAAUGGCCGCGACUAUGAGUAUUGUCCAGACUUCGAUAUAGACGUAACGAAACAGAACAUGCCGCGGCGAAAGAAGAACAAGAAACCCUUACCAACGGAAUGCGUCUUUUGCAGAAAUAACGGGGAGGAAGAGGCAUAUUAUCGGAAACACUUGCUAAAGGACAUCGAUGGACGUAUCAUAUGUCCCGUUCUCAGGGCUUAUACAUGCCCGAUUUGUGGCGCAAGCGGCGAUGUAGCACACACAGUUAAAUACUGUCCAAAGGGCCCUUACAAUCCGUGGGGAAUGAGCAUACCGAAUACCUUCAAAUGGACGAGAAACUCUAUGGGAAAACGUCGCAACAAUUCCAUCGCCCACAAUUGACAAAUAUUUUACGAAGUAACAAUAUCUUCUAAGCGCGAGAUUUUCAAUAGGAAGGAAUAAGAAGCGGGCGUUCUUUGAGUAUACACCUCCACUGUUAACAGAGGCUAUCCAUGUCUAAUUGACAACGAAUUCGUAUAAAAUAAUCUAGAUUCUUAGAUUUCUCUUAUAUACUUUUGUACUUAACAUUUACACUCGUCUGUGCAGACGAAUAUCGACACUUGACGUGAUCUCGCAUCCUCGUGAAUACACUGAAACAUCGGUUCUAAGUUGAGAUCGAGACGUGACUUUAGUUAGUUUCGCGUCGCCCUUCCGCAUUCUUCCCCUGCAUUUAUAAUUUAUCCCAUCUCUCUCGCAUUCUUCCUAUUUGUAAUAUAACUCAUUCCAUGUCAUAAUUCAUAAUGCAGUAAUGAAGAAAAACUUCGAUUUAGAACGAGAAAAAGUUUACGCGUAUUUCGAGAAUCGCGCGAUAUGAUAGAUUCAGUGGCACAUAUACAUCAAUUUCACGUCGUGAUUUUAAGAUUAAACGCAAUUUUUUUACACGCGCGCGACAUACUUUCGCGAUGAUUUCUUAAACAGUAGAGAUAUUUAAAAUUCAAUGUGACUCACAAUAUGUCAUCGACGAACAAAUAUACACAGAUAUUUUCUUAAGAUUCUAAAUAUCGUAGGAAAUAUAUGCGCGCGCCUGUAUAACGCCCCUCGAUAAUAUAUUAAGUCACAUUGAAAGAAUCGUGUAUGGACAAAAGAAGCUAGCUGCUUUUAAAAUGAUUAUAAUAGAAGCGUUUAAUUUUUCACGAAUUUAGAUUUCGAUAUGUCCUUAUGCGCGCAUGUCUUAAGCAGUUAGAUUUAUAACAAGAUUACGUAUUCCAAAGAUCCUCGAUAUAAAUAUUUGAAGAAUUCAUGGGAAGAACACAAUAAGCUCGUAAUUUGUAACAUUUUAGAUACAACUUUGUCGUAUCUGAAAUGAAGCUAAAUUACAAGCUAUAAAUAUAUUUUUAUAUAUUGUAUGAUUUUUCUUCUGAAUCCAUCAUUUAUAUUAUAAUGUGCCAUAUAUUUCUACUACUCUUUUCUCUUCUUGCCAAGAAUAUGAAAAAGUCAAUAUGAUGUCAAUAUAACGAUUAACGUGAUAUAUCAUAAAAAGUACGUUAGAUACUUUGGACAUAUAUAAAGAUAUGACGAAGUUUGUGGCGCUUUCUUUAAUUUUGGAACUUGACAUUUUUGAGCGCUUAUUUCAUUGAAUUAUGAUUCAAAUAAAAAAAAAAAAAGAUUGUGCAAAAUGCAAUAUGAUAAUUUAACGAGAAAAUUUUAUAUACAAUUUUUUUAUAUUAAUUGCACAUGUUCAAAUGUAAGAACAUCUGUCUCGACUUCGAAGUGACAAGAAUAAUGUGAUCUUUUAAAAGAGAGAUCUUAUAGCCUUGCUUAAAUAUUUCAGUACAUUAGCCUAUUAUU